UCCCCUCCAGUUCUAAAUAGCAGCUACUUAACCCACGUAGCUGCACCAUUCCAAAUUAAGUGUUUCCAAGGCAAUGGCUCACCAAUGCUUUGUGCUCACGUUGAUGGUCUUGGGUGUUUGGGUCUCUGGAGCGAUGGCUCGUGGCAUUGCUGACGAGCCUAUGCUGAGAAGCCACGAGCAGUGGAUGGCUCAGUAUGGGCGGGUCUACAAGGACGCAGCAGAGAAGGAGCGACGAUUCCAAAUCUUCAGGGGCAACUACGAGUACAUCGAGUCUAUCAAUAGAGCUGGCGACCGCAAGUAUAAGCUCGGCCUCAACCAGUUUGCGGACAUGACCAACGAGGAGUUCAAGGCCUCUCGCCUUGGAUUCAAGCCCAUGCCUACGGAGUCCACGACAGGAAGCUUUCAGUAUGCCAACCUGAGCGACGCGCCUGACAGCAUGGACUGGAGAACCAAAGGUGCAGUUACUGCCGUCAAGAAUCAACGCUCGUGCGGGUGCUGUUGGGCAUUCUCUUCUGUGGCUGCCAUUGAAGCAAUUACUGAAAUCAAGACCGGCAACUUGGUCUCCUUGUCGGAGCAACAACUCGUGGACUGUGAUACUAACGAUGGAAACAAAGGAUGCGACGGGGGACUCAUGACUCGUGCCUUCCAAUACGUCAUUGAUAAUGGAGGGAUAACAACUGAAGAUAACUACCCUUACAAGGCAGCUGAUGGCACUUGUGACACCAACAGGGCAUCAUCAUCGGCAGCUACUAUCAGCGGCUAUGAGACCGUGCCUGCAAAUGAUGAGUCCUCGCUCUUACAGGCGGUCGCGAACCAGCCUGUUUCAGUUGGCAUCGAUGGUAGUGGGCCAGACUUCCAGCACUACUCCAGCGGCAUCUUCACCGGUCCGUGUGAUACGGAAAUGACCCACGCUGUGACCGCUGUUGGUUACGGGACAGCUGAGGAUGGGACUAAAUAUUGGCUGGUAAAGAAUUCAUGGGGUACAACUUGGGGUGAGAUGGGAUACAUGCGCAUCCAGCGUGAUGUUGGUGCACCAGAAGGGCUUUGUGGUAUUGCCAAGCUUGCUUCUUACCCAACAGCAUAAAUUAAACCAUCUUCUACAAUGGCGUCUUAUUAAUAACUUAGAGGAAUCCUUCCCCACACACAAAAAUAGAAGAAGAAUGAAAAAAAAAGAGAGAGAGGAAAUUAAUAACAUUUAUAUUAUUCUGUCAUGUAAUAACUUUUAUGUGUUAGUGCUUUAUUAAGCAAAGUGAUCUUAUAAUGUUGAGACUUGCUCCUAUUUGUAGCUUACUUUGAUACAAAGCUGCUUUGUAUUGUCCAUGAAUC